AGAGAAACGUUUUCCAGAUUCGUAUAAAUUGAAAACAAAAAUCAGCACUUUCGUCAAAACCUCUCAGACUCGCUCUCUCUCUCUCUCUCUCCCUCUCUCUCUCUCUCUCUCUCUUCCCUCUCUUCUCUCUUCUCUCUCACAGUGAGUCCGCCAUGGCCGCGCUGCAAUACCUAGAAUCGCUGCGCAACGCGGACCCGGACCCGAACCACAACGAGUGGUACAAUUCGCUGGCAGAUCUAUACCAGAAGAAACUCUGGCACCAGCUCACCCUCAAGCUCGAGGAGUUCGUCACUAAUGUCAUCAAGGCUGGGGAUGCUCUGAUACAGUUAUAUCACAAUUUCAUCACCGACUUUGAGACUAAAAUCAACCUUCUCAAGCUUGCACACUUUGCUGUCAUUGUUUCUCGGCAAUAUGCAGAAAAAGAAGCUGCCAUUAGUUAUCUUGAAGGUGUGAUAGAGAAGCUUACAGCCACCAGGGAGCAGCGUAUAGAGGAGCCUAUCCUUUACAUUAAGAUGCAAAUAGCAGCUUUCAAACUUGAGCAAGGGGAACAAAGAGAGUGCAAAAAGCUUCUAGAAGAUGGAAAGAGUACACUUGACAGCAUGACUGACAUUGAUCCAUCCGUGUAUGCUAGCUAUUAUUGGGUUUCAUCUCAAUUCCACAAGUUUCGUCAAGAAUUUGCUGAGUUCUACAAAAGUGCUCUUCUCUAUUUAGCAUACACCUCAGUGGAGUCUCUCUCCGAGUCAUUUAGGCUGGAUUUGGCGUUUGAUCUAUCUCUCUCUGCACUUCUUGGAGAUAAUAUCUACAACUUUGGGGAGCUGCUCGCACACCCUAUUAUCAAUAGCCUUAAGAAGACAAAGGUUGAGUGGCUCUACUAUAUUCUUGAAGCGUUCAACUCCGGCGAUCUAGUUCGCUAUCAGGAAUUAUGUCGUGUGCACAAUGCUGCUUUGAGUGCUCAACCAGCAUUAGUUGAAAAUGAGAAGAAGCUACUGGAAAAGAUCAACAUUCUCUGCUUGAUGGAAAUUAUCUUUAGCCGGCCAUCUGAAGACAGGACUAUACCUUUGAGUAUUAUUGCUGAGCGAACUAAGCUUUCCAUUGAGGACGUGGAGCAGCUCCUUAUGAAGAGCCUUUCCGUUCAUCUGAUCGAAGGCAUAAUCGAUCAAGUUGAGGGAACCGUGCAUGUUUCCUGGGUCCAGCCCAGAGUUUUGGGGAUCCCGCAGAUCAAAUCUUUGCGCGAUCGACUGGACACUUGGUUGGACAAAGUGCAUACUGCCUUGUUAUCCAUUGAGGCGGAGACACCUGAUCUGGUUGCGUCGUGAGUUGUUUCUUGAAUGGUUUUCUGCCCACUGUAACAUUUUCUUAUCCGACAAGGGGUAGAAAGUACAAGGGUGGCCGGGAAAAAACUUUGCCUAGUUUGCUUUGGCACUUGGGCCUUCUUUGUAUGCUGCGCUUUUUCCGUACGUUGACUCCUGCUUUUCUUGAAUCAUCAUUUUUGUGAAACGAGCUACCUCUUCGUAUACUUCCUGUCGGAGUAGUUAAUUUUUUUAGUGGCAUGCCUAGAGACAUGGUGAAUCAAUUUAAUAGACGGCUGUUUUACCCUUUUUAGCGUGUUUAUCGGACUAAUGUGUUUCGAAAUUUUCUUAGUUACAGUGAUGUGGUUCACUUAAAUCUUGAUCCAGAUCAACUGCAUUUGCUUUAGUCAGCUAGUUUCUCUUUGCUUCGUCAUGAAAUCUAAGCAUUUGUUGUCAUGAAUAGUGAACGACACCUAAUGUACGAUUUAUGCAA